AGAAGGAGGAGGAGCAGAGAAAGCAGAAGCUUAUGUAAAGCGUGCUUUAAGCGUGCUAUGGAAGCAUGUCGUCCACUUCCAGCUCCGUGCUAACGUUGUCAUCGUUUAAUCUAUUAUUUUUCACCCAAGUGCUCACGGUACUCAGCUCGACGAUCAAGUACAACGAAUACGCGACGGACAAGGGCGGCAAUGUGAGCAUACCCUGCAUAGCCCAGGGCAAUAUUAUGUGGGUGAAGGAGCACGGCAACAACAGCACGAUAAUCCAGACUGGUCGUGUUUUGGUGCUGCGCAAUGUGAGCACUACGGAUGCGGGAAUUUACGUGUGCUUCGCCUCAGUGCCACGCCCAUCGACAACAACAAGUGCAGCAGCAGCAGCAACAACGACAAGCAAACCCGCAACAUCAGCAACUACCUCACCGCAAAAUCAGCAGGAGAAAGAAACGCAGCCAGUGGUGGAUAAAAAUGAGGAUGGUAUCGAUGAGGAACCCCAAGUGGAGGAGGAACUGGAGUACCAGGCCCAGCAGCGAACCAGGCUCAUCGUUCGCACCGUUCCGGGCCCAGUUUCGCAGCUCUACUUCAAGGCCUCCACCAUACUGGGCUUCCUCAUCUGGCGCUUCAACAAGACCCAAUCCGGGGGCUAUCCGGUGCGCAGCUUUACGGCCGAGUUCCGGAAUGUCUCCUACAAAACCCCGCCGGCGAAUGCCAGUUUCGAGCACGCCUGGAGCAGGAUGGAUCCAAUCAACAUAGCCUUCAAUGUGCGCCAAAUGGAAGUCUAUCGGCUGGCCCCCAACACCACCUAUGAGUUUCGGAUAUGGGCCAACAACGAGCUGGGCAGCGGCGAGGUGGUCACCACCAAUGUGACCACGCUGCCGGAGACCAAGGAGGAGGAUCUCAUACGCCUUAUAAAACCCGACCUAGACAAUUUCGAUCCACGCAUUUGGAUAGUGGCCGUCAGCAUAGUGCUCGGAACCCUUGUGAUAUUAGCGAUCGGACUCUGCAUUGUGCUCUCCAAGGAGUGCUAUCAGUCGGCGCAAAUGGAACUGCAAGAUGGUUGGGACAGCAUUGAGCUUAUACCGAACAUAAUACUUAAUCCCGGUUUCAGCGAGUCGGAUGCUCAAGGUCAGGGUCAGGCGGGUGAUCCGAAUGGCGGGGAGGAGGGGCAGGAUGACGACGACGAUGAAGAUGUGGCCAUGCCCUUUCCGCGCACCAUCAUCUUUGGCCAGCACCAUCGGACGCCUCCGCCGCCGCGCCUCCACCUGCCACCGCCGCACCACCAGCAGCAGCAGCACCACCACCACCUGCAGCACCACCAGUAUCACCACCACCGGCGGCAGGACGAGGACGACGACGACGACUACGAGGAGGAGCACGAGCCCACCAUGGAGCGGUUCAAGCGCAAAGUUUCCGUCUUCUUCACCGGACCCACCAUCAAGCGCAUUUGAGACGCAUCUGAGUACAAACACUGGUCACCAAGGUUGUUGCACGGUUAAGAUUCGGAUUCGGAUCGGGAUAGUUAGGAUCCAUAGAGCUUAUCGUUGGGAAGCC